UCCUGGCGGAACCUUUUUCAAUUACUCUUUCAUUUUUCUUUCUUUCUCUCUACCUCAGCUUGCCAUAGCGACAUGGCAGGACCCACAGGCCAGUUAAGCGUCCACAGAUCAUUGGUGUCGACAUGCCCAAGAAAGGGAACCGAAAACGGCUGAAAUUUAGGGCUGGGGACGUUUGUUCGGAAUCAGUGACUGUUGCUGAUUAUGCUGACGCUGACCCAGCCGUUGUGAAGUCAGGGAGGCUAAAAAAGGCAGUUGCAAAUGCAGUUGAAAAAGAAGUAAAAUUACUCUGCGGCCUGGAAGCAUCUCAGGGUGCUGUAGAGGAGGUCCUCUCGUCCUCAGUGAGUGUCACAGCUGACGCUUUGGACAGCAGUGAUGACGUAGACCCUGAAGAAGAUGGAGAGAGUGAAACUAAAGUGGCCCACAAGAAGAAAAACAAGAGAAGAAAGGAAAGCAGUGAGAGCAGUGAUGGGGAGGAGUAUCCAGUGGAUAUUUGGCUAAUGCUUGCGUCCUACAUCCGGCCCGAGGAUGUGUGCAGAUUUGCUCUGAUCUGUAAGAAUGCCUGGACGGUCACUUGCACUGCAGCUUUUUGGACCAGGCUCUACAGAAGGCACUACAAGAUCGAUACUGACCUGCCGUUCCGUCUCCAGCCUGACUCCAUUGACAGGAUGUGCUCUUUAAGGGCCCGUGUGAUUCGCUCUCUUUUCCAUCUGUAUGAGCCGUUCAGCUUGCGUGUCUCGAAAAUUCCUGCCCUGCCAGAAUCCACGCCCACAACCUUGCUCAAUUCCAAGUGUUUACUGUUCUGGGUCAGAAAGGUGUCAGGCACACGGCCUGAGGCAUUGUGGGAGUUCAACUUCAAGUUUCUAAAGCCGCAGGUACACAGUAAGAAUGGUUGUGCCAAGUCCUUGUGCAUGCCCAGACAAUACAAAGAUGUCCACACGAACCCAGACUCUGACUGCUACAUGCUUCAGGUCACCACCCUCAACUUCAUCUUCACCCCUGUGGUCAUGGGUAUGACACUGACCCUGUUCACAAUCAACGUUAGCACAGACAUGCGGCACCACCGUGUACGUCUGAUGUUCCAGGACUCGCCGCUCCAGCGGGGAAAGAAGAGAGGGGAUCAGGGCGGGACCCAGGUGGUGCUGGAUCCUGUACACAGUGUAAAGCUCAUGGACUGGUGGCACCCGCAGUUCCCCUCCUCACCCUACACAUAGGAGUCAUAUGCCCUCAGCCGAACAUCACACCAAGAGUUCUGCUGUUAUCUCAUCCCACUUGCCAAACAGAGAUAUGAUACUGGAUGAUGAUGUGGAACCCUGGAUUAUGUUCGUUUACAUUUCGAUCGACAAUGUUAGAUCUUUUAGGCAGACUGAAUAGGAUUAUCCUAUAAAAAAACCCUCAAAAACUAUGCCUAGACUCUCAAAAAUAAUAUUUCUUAGUUAUCACUUGUGACCCUCACCUGUGGCGGUGUUGUAUCUGCAGAGACUUUGCCCUCUGCCUUUUCUUCUUAUUUUCCUUUGUUGGGAAUUUUAAUGGGGUGUCAGCCCAUGGGCAGAUGGGUGUAGCCCCAAGUCAAUAAGUAAUAAUAAGUAAUAAGGUUGUGAGGGCUGGACUCCAUAAAAACAUAGCCUUUAGUUGGCUCGGCAUUAUGACAGUGGAAUCAGACUUGGAAGUUCAAUACAAAUAUUUUACAAUUUGCUUUGUUUUCCGUAUGUGGUUUUAAAGUUUGAAAGGACUCAGUGGGACUCAGUGUGACAGUGGCAUUCAUGUAAUAUAGUAAACAAGGUAGCUACGUUAAUGAUGGGUUGGCAAUGUGCAAAAACAUUUUUUUGCUGACACUACAUAUCAAAAAAAAAAACAGAGACCGCAGCGUAUCAACUUGCUCUCCCUCUGUGCCAAGUAUCUCCACCGUGUCACUCACUGCCUACAUGUCGCAGCUUUCUAUCAAAGAGUAGUGUGAAAGUAAAGAGUGCUCACUCUGCUGGAGCCCAAAAUGUCUCCAGAAGUAUCCUGCACAGCACAAAGCAAUUUCAGUUGAGAGAGGGGCCUCCGACUGAUUAUUCAACCCUCAAACUUAAAUGGGGGAAGCACUAUUGCACGCCUGUCACCCACUGCAACCUCCACACCAUGACUUGCAGUAUUAUUUAAACAUCACAGUUCUGCCUGGGCAGAGAUGGCUUGUUAGCUAUGUAUUCAUAUCAGUCAUGUCCACACAGAGACAUUGGCAGUCCCCUUCCUCUUUCAACACUCCUCAGCCCCAGUAGUUCCUCUGUCUUUCUGAAAACAUGGAAAAGUAGUGCUGGGAAACCAGAGAAACCAUCACCUAAAAUCAGUAAUUGUUUGGAUAUUUGUUUAUAUGUGAAAAACUACAUAAAAUUAUUUAAAAGUUUCUCACUUACGACAGCUUGGAGAACUUCAGAUUGCUUUGCAUUAUCUUCCAAAAGUGCGUAUGUUUCUCAGUAUUAAAAUAUUCUGAGAUAUGAUCAUAGUGAUAGAUGAUAAAUGCGAUAUAAUGCUCAGCCUAAAAAGAUGUGCCAUAGAGAAACGUGUACAUUUAGAACUUCCAGUCGCAUAAAAAGAAUCACAAGUAAAAAGAAUUCAAGUCCGCUAUUAUUUUACGUUAGACGACAUCUUGCAUGUUGAACCUACAUGUAUAACACAUUUUCUACAUGUCUUAAAGCGUUACGGAUUAACAGGGUGCAACAAUUGUGUCCUCCUUUGUUUUUUUUUAUGCUCACUUGAAAAGUUACUCAAAAACAUCUUGAUUUCACGCUGGUUUGAAUUUUGAUAAUGUUGCAUCAGCAGAGAUGUAUUCUUUUAAAAUUAAAAAAGAAAUCCUGAAGUAUUUAAUUUAAGGCAGCCUUCCUUAGUAUUAUGUGAAUAUUAAUGACACUGCUCUUUACUGAAGGGGCCAAAGAGAUGAUUUACCUCAGACGUCAGCCGUUCACCUGCUGAUUUGGGCAAUGUUUCUUUUCUUUCUAAUGUUUCUUGGCUGAAAACUUCUUGAUUGUCUUGUUGCUGACUAUGUGAGCCAUACUGCCUCCUGUGGGAUCUCAUUCUCAACAUUAAAUGACUCAAAGUGUUUAAAAUGGCCUCAUUUUGAAUGUGAGGGGAGUCAUACCCAUCACAUGCUUCAUUAUGAUGGGAAGAGAGCUACCACCAUCCAUCAGACAAAGUUAAAAUCACUUUACCAGGGUUGAUUUGCACAUGGACAUAUAUUGCAGAUGAGAAAGAAAAGAAAAGAUGAACCUCAAACAGUUUACACGUCUAGAAAUAAAAAGCAAAAGACCGUUGGAUGUUUUGGCUAACAGCAGUUGAUUGUUUUAGUGGUUGGUCUAGUUGUAUCAGUUGUACGUUACAUUGAUAAAUAAACUUACUGCACUGAAAUAAAAACUGAAACUGCCCAUUU